GACGUAACACACGGGACAGGAAGAGGAGACGCAAAGAAACAAGAUGGCAUCUGGCUCAGAUCACGGGCUGAAAAGAAUAGUUUGGAAAAGAAUAAAAGACACAAUUAUUACAGACUGCAGAAAAUCAGAAGUAUGGAAGAUUUUAAUUCUGGACCCCUUCACCACCAAGAUCCUCUCAUCAUGCUGCAAAAUGUCAGAUCUGAUGUCAGAGAAAAUAACAAUUGUGGAGGACCUGUACAAAAUCAGAGAACCUGUUCCAGAAAUGAAGGCCAUCUACUUCAUUACACCCACAGCUAAGUGUGUGGAAGCCUUUAUUGCUGACUUCAAGACUAAACCCAAGUAUAAAGGAGCAUAUGUGUAUUUCACUGACUACUGCCCCGAUGAACUCUUCAACGAUAUGAAGCUGUACUGUGCAAAGUACAUACGAGUCUGUAAGGAGAUAAACAUAUCCUUCAUGCCACAAGAGGCACAAGUGUUCACAUGUGAUAAUCCGGGAGCCUUCCGAAGCAUCUACAGCCCCCACAGUCAGGACAAAAAGAAGACACUAGAGACGCUCGCAGACCAGCUCGUCACACUCUGUGCCACGUUGGACGAGUACCCAGGAGUCAGAUACAAGAAAGACAGCAACAUGGAGAACGCUAAGACCCUCGCAGAGAUGGUGGACAGCAAGCUGGCCAGAUACUAUGAUAUGGAUGACGGUGGUAAGAAAAAGGCAAAGACUCAAGCCCAGCUGCUGAUAGUGGAAAGAGGCUUUGACGCCGUCAGCCCCAUCCUGCAUGAGCUGACCUACCAGGCCAUGUCCUACGACCUCAUUGACAUCCAAAAUGACACAUACACGUACAAAUCUAAAGAUGGCUCAGAGAAGCAGGCCCUGCUGAACGAGGACGACAUGCUCUGGGUUAAACUGAGGCACAAGCACAUUGCCGAAGUGUCAGAACAAAUCCCCAAGAUGGUGAAGGAAAUAUCUGCGAGCAAGAAACAACCAGAUGGAAAGAUCUCAAUCAGCAAUUUGGCCCAGCUGAUGAAGAAGAUGCCAUCAUUCCGUAAACAGAUCACGGAGAAAACUGUCCAUCUGCAGUUGGCUGAGGACUGCAUGACACAUUUCUCAAACAACGUGGAGAAACUCUGCAAAGCUGAACAGGAUCUUGCAGUGGGGUCAGACGUGGAGGGAGCGAAGGUGAAGGAUCCCAUGAGGACCCUGCUGCCCGUGCUGCUCCACCCGUACAGCACCCACGACAAGAUCAGAGCGGUGCUGCUCUACAUCUUCAGUCUCAACGGAACAACAGAUGAGAAUUUGAACAAACUCAUCCAACAUGUAAAGAUCGAAGAUGAACGGGAGUUUAUCCUGAACUGGAAAGAACUGGGAGUCCCCAUCAUCACAUCGCCCAGUUUCUUCUCACGCAAACCAUCCAGACGGGAUCGUUCCCAGGAUGAGACAUACAACCUCUCCAGGUGGACUCCUUGCAUAAAAGAUGUGAUGGAGGACGCUGUGGAGAACAAACUGGACACCAAAGAUUGGCCGCACCAGUCUGAAUCUCCGGCAGCCUGGAACGGCUCCGGUGCUGUGAGCGCCCGUCAGAAGAAGACCAGCGCUCAGGACGAACGCCGGAGCGGCUCACGCCUCAUCAUCUUCGUCAUAGGAGGAAUCAGCCACUCUGAGAUGCGCAGUGCCUACGAGGUCACCCAGGCAGUCAAAUCCUGUCAGGUCAUCAUAGGGUCUUCCCACAUUUUGACCCCCACCAGUCUCCUGGAUGACAUCAAGGCCCUGAGCAAAAAGCCCAUGGAGACUUUUACAAUAGACGAGAGAAGCAACGCCUGAGAAGUAUUUCCCUCCGCAGCUAACAAUCUCCCCUGCCUACCUGCAUCUCACAUCAGUCAGCACAACUUCCUCAAUGGAAAACUGAAGGGAAUUUACCGUAUACUCAUCUUUUAUGUUUUCUUAUUAUUUUCAAAACUAUUGCACAUUUUACAGUAGGCUUGAGGACACGUUCACCUUUAAGUUUGGGAUCAUUUCUGGAGACAGAAGUUUGUCACAAGAAGUUAUAGCCUGUUCAUGGCUUUUAUAGUUUGAUAUUGACAUUUGUUGAUCAAAUUAAAAGUGAAUUAACCUCACCCUAUUAGAAUUGUUUUCGUAAAAAAAAAAAUCUGCCUUUUGUGUUUGCCUUUGUUUUGAAGAAAGAAGUUAUAUGUUGACAAACAUCUGAGAAACUUUCAGAGAUAGAAAGGAGAGGGAAAGUAGCACAAAGCUCAUGUAUAUAAUGUAUGUAAGCACUGAAUCCCUGCUCUGCUAUUCUGACUUAUUUGUUCACUACUGUUUGUAAACACUUUAUGUAAUUUGAAGAGUGUUUUAACAAAGAUUAUUUACUUUUUGUCUUUUAAUUGAACAACUGACUAAUAAAUGGAUGAAGUGGU